AUGCCACUGAUGCCGCAACCCACCUUGAUGUCUUUACAACCUCCUCCCCCUCAGCGACAAUAUCAACAACAGCAACAACAUCGUACUCUUUACCCACAGCGAACACUCUUGCCACAACAGAAGCAGCAACAGCAGCCGCCACAGCAACAGCAACCGUUAGCCUACCUGACAAGUAGCUUCGACCCUCAACCAUCGUCUGUGGCCUCCUUCAACUCCAGUCCGGCGUUUACUACGAUUAGCGACUUCGACCAGGACUUCGACCAGGACUACAGCAACUGCCCUAGUCUGACAGCGUCACCGGUGUCGACCUACUCACUUCCUGCCUAUCCCUCAACCACCCAGCAAGGCUCGUCUUUGUCUGCCUUUGACAGCAUACCCAACACCACAGUCCCCCGGGCCGCUCAAGGCGCUGCUGAACCUUUGUUCAAACUUUGGACCGACCCGAUGCAAACGGAAACCUGGCUACAACCCACCGACCAACUGACAUCCAAGUCGGCUGGUCGCUAUGGUCACCAUCGCGAGUCCUCCCUUUCCUCACUGGGCUCGGCUGGUCCGGCUUCUCCCUACUCGAACAACACGUCUAAUCCGCAAAUCGCUAUCACAGACUUCAACGAUUUUGGCGGAUUCGACGACCUGAACUACCACUUGGUUCCCUCCAAGUCGGCCAAUCUUCAUCCCAGCUUUCCCGGCUAUGCCAACUCGAAUGCGGUGCCCAUCACUGGCUACUCGCGUAACCCUGCGGUGCCCAAGCAAAAUAACAACAAGCCUUUGCGUCCCCAGCAAGAGCAGUCCAGGCCUCGGCCUGCGCCGGUGGCGAGUUCUUUCAUGGGUGACUCAUCUGCCGCAUCAGCUGGCGAGGCUGAGGACGCUGGAAGGCAAAAGAAUGGUGAGAGCCAAGAGAAUACGGGUCUCCCUAUCCAUGACCAAAGCUUACAAUUUGACGAUGCAGCUGUCAACACCAACGCUCCCCCCAAGUUCGACCGGACCUUGACUGAUAUCAUGAACGACGAGCUGUACCAUCCGGAUCUGGUCAUUACCAGCUCUGCUCCGGCACCACAGCAAACGCUGACCACGAGCAACAACAACUUCAACAAGGUGGUCGAGACCGCAAACCAGCAUCUGAGCGCGAUGCAGUCUCCUGUGUCGAGCAGCAACUCGCCGUUCCGUCAGGGAUCCCCACAUUCUGCCACUCUCCACGACUUCUCCUCUUUGAAUAUGACGUCGACGCCCCAGGUUCGCCUAGGGUCAGCGCAACAGAUGCGUGAGAACGGUAAAGCAGCACAGGACGCCGCCUGGCAACAAACACUGGCGAGGCACAACCAGGACAUGACGCCCAAGACCAUCUCGCCUAAGGACGCCUUGCUGGACUAUCACGAGCCGGAGGAUGAAUCAAACUUCCCUCUUUUCCCUCAGAAUGACAAUCACGGGUUCAACUCGGACGCGAUGAGCAAGGCACUCUCGCACCAGAGGAUUGAUGGUCUGCCAAAUCUGGAUGAUAUCUCUAGCUUCAACUUCAACUUCACCCCAUCCAACAUGGACACCAUGCAAACUUUCAACGGUCUUCAGCAGCAGCUUCCCCAGGCUCUGCAGCAGUACUCUUUCGUCAACCAACCCCGGCAACCCAGCACUGUGCCAUCACUGGCGACGUCAAGGAUGAGCUCUGCGGAAACUGGCAUCACGGACUCUCCUCGGAGCAACGUGAUUCAGCGGCCAGUUGAUACCCGCGCUGAGGGUGGAACUUACACAUGUACCUACCACGGUUGCCCUCUACGCUUCGAUACGCCUCAGCUUCUCCAGAAGCAUAAGAGAGAGGGUCAUCGUCAAGCACACGGGCUAAACUCGAGGCAGCCCAACAGCAUGACUUCGAACAGGGUCGACACUCAAGCUGGUCCUCACCGUUGUGAGCGGAUCAACCCAAGCACCGGCAAGCCAUGCAACCAGAUCUUCUCCCGGCCUUACGAUCUUACCCGUCAUGAGGACACAAUCCACAACGCACGCAAGAAGAAGGUCCGCUGCGAGAUCUGCACGGACGAGAAGACUUUCAGCCGUGCGGAUGCGCUUACACGGCAUUUCCGGGUGUGCCACCCGGACAUCCCAUUUCCCGGGGGAAAGCAGCGUAAGGCUCGUGUGGUCCGCAGCGGUUGA